GGUACUAAAUUCAUUUUACUGAGAAUGGCCACGUCUGUGUAAUUUAUCCUUGGAGCUUCCUGUCAAUGGCUAUUCCGACUCUCCACUCUCUCAAUCUCAAACCCCCUCUCUUUCCGCUCACGUUCACUCCCUUGUCUCGCCGUCUCCAAACCAUUCCAUUUCGCUCCAAGCUUAGUCUCUAUUCACUAAACCGCCAACCAGCUCCUAGUAAUUUUCUCGGGAUUUCUACGGAAAUUCCCAGAUUACUUUCUGUUAGAAAGCUAGGGUUUCCUGUCAAUGCGGAGAGUGGAGAAGGAGGUAUCAAGGAUGCAACGGAUGAAGCCGAGAAAUUGGCUCGAGGGGAGAGUACUCUGCCUGAUCGGUUCAGAUACUUGACAAAAGAAGCACCCGACCCACCCGUUAGGUGGCCUUGGUUUGUUGCAUCUGCGUUUCUUGUCUAUGCAUGGAGGGCAGUCUUGUUUGAGCUGGGAAAUUGGAGAAGAGCUACACUUGCUAUAAUUGGUUUUGUGGGAUACCUUCUGAAAUGGGUGUUGGCCAUUAUCUUUCAUUUCAUUGGUGAUCCUAUUACUUACUCGAUCAGAUGCUUAGAGGAUGCAAUCUACACCAUCCGAGCUUUCUACUCUGGAAUAGUGGCAUACACUCCUGUUCCAGAAUUGAUGACUAUCAUCAUGCUUGUGUCUGCAGUUCUUGCUGUCGGUGAAACUGCAGUUCCCAACUGUGUUAGCAGCCAGCCAUAUCUCCUCACAGUGUCUGGCAUCAUUGGCUAUGCUGCAGUAAGGGGCUAUAUAUCUGAGCCAGUCUUCUGGACGCUUCUGUUGGGGCUCUAUUGUUUCUCACUACUGAUAAAGAAAAAGGAUCAUGUUUCCUCUACAAUGCCUGUUGCAGCUGUCUUGGCUGCUGUUGGAGAACCUUGGGUUCGAAUUUUGGUGAUGGUUGCAUUCCUUGCUCUAGCUAUUACUCACCAUUGGAAGAAGGUUGCAGAGGGGAAGGAACAAGUUGAUGUUCUUACAAAGGAUAAGAGGAUACCAGUGCCAUUGCUUGCUGCAGCCUUAGCCAUUGGAAUCCGUCUUGCCGCCAAGUGGGCUGGGUAUCGGCACUUGACAUGGAUGAUAGUCUAAGAGUAUACUAGAGAUGACAACGGGUCGGGUACUCUUUCAAUCAAUUUUGGAUUAUGUUAUACACAUUUAAAUUUAUAUAUUUGGUAUGCUAAUUUAUCAUAGUAAAAUCGGAGUUUGUCAGA